GCCAGGUGCUUUCCGCGCUGGGCGCGAGAACGCGCGCGGUCGCGGCGGGCAUUCUCGGCGUUGCCAUGGUGCUGGUGCUGGUCAUCCUGAUCCCGGUGCUGGUGAACGCGGCCGGAACGGACUCGCGCUACGAGACGCUCAGCGCCUGCAGGAUGGUCUGCGAUCCCUACGGCACCAUCAAGCCGCCGGCGCGCGCAACCGGCACCGACCCGCGCUCCAUCCAGCCUCCGACCACUUUCCUCCGCGGUCCGAAAGGGGAACCGGGGCGCACGGGACGCACUGGCCCGAAGGGAGAGCCGGGCCCACCUGGACCACCUGGACCGCCGGGCAAAGUCGGAAACCCCGGACCGCCCGGGUUACCCGGUCCACCUGGAAUGAUCGGCGGCGUCGUGAACGCGGCCACGUACACCACAGUGCCCAAAGUCGCGUUUUACGCCGGACUCAAGAAGCAGCACGAAGGCUACGAGGUCCUCAAGUUCGACGAUGUGGUGACUAACCUGGGCAACCACUACGACCCGGCCACCGGCAAGUUCACCUGCUCCAUACCGGGAAUUUAUUUCUUCGUGUACCACGUGCUCAUGCGGGGAGGCGACGGUACGAGCAUGUGGGCAGACUUGUGCAAAAACAACCAGGUGAGGGCGAGCGCGAUCGCUCAGGACGCAGAUCAGAACUAUGACUACGCCAGCAACAGCGUGGUGUUACACUUGGAGCCUGGGGAUGAGAUCUACAUCAAGCUGGACGGCGGCAAAGCGCACGGAGGAAACAACAACAAAUACAGCACAUUCUCCGGGUUCAUGAUUUACGCAGAUUAACAUGUGGCAGGACUUGCGUGAAAGUUAACCUGCCUGGUUUUUCACUCAAAGACAUUAAAAAACGCUGCAGAUAAAUGCACGCUGCAGAUAAAUGCAGUUACUGUACAUCAUGCAGUUAAAGUGUUCAGUUGUGUUUAAAAGUUAUCGUCCUUAAAGCUGGACAAGACAGUUGUAUAGUAUAUGAUGGUUAUGAUCAUGUGUAAUCCUUUAAAGGGUUCAUUUCGUGGCAAUGGAAAUAGAGGUCAGUUGGACUAUGAUGACAUCAUCCACCAGUUAGAUUUUAGACACAUCACUGUGAGAUAGUGAAAAAAAGGGUUAAUCGUGUAAUCAUGUGGUGUUUGUUUGUUGGUCAGUUUUGAGCCUGAGCAUGCGAACAUCAUGCUGUUGAGGACACUGUCACACCUCUGGUGAGCUUCAUUUUGAUUUCUACUAAGUCAAAGUACUUAAAGUUUAAAAAACGGUUCAGUAGACGAGUUACGUCAACGUUAAUAUGAUAUAUGAUACGCUGUACCUCAUUUGAUCUUUGUAUUGCUUUA